AUGCAAGUACGAAAUCCACCCAGGGUUUACCAAUUGAUGGUUCGCAUCAGAAAACUCACAAUCUUUGUCACCGUUCCUCCAACCACGACCAUCGCGUCCGUGAAGGAGGAGGUAUUAUCUGCCUUGACAUCAGAUAUCAACCAAAACGCAGGCAUGACAGACACAGAGGUCCCCAUCCCGAAAGUCGAAACCAUAGAGGAAUUUGAACUUUCUAAACCAAUACGAGGGAAGGAUCGUACAGCUUCUCCCUCUCACUACGAGAUGUUGGAGUCAUCUACAAAACUCAAGGAUGCAAGGAUGCACGGUUGGGAAGUUCUGUAUAUACAACUUCGGAGUCCGUCUGGUGAUCUUCUUCCUGUCGAAGCAACAGACCCACCCAUCGAAGAUGAUGAAGAGAUGCCAGUGCCACCUCCACCUGAAGCUAUGGAGUCCGAUGUAAGGAAAGGAAAACGCAAGGCAGAGGACUGA